AUGGAUGUACCAGAGGGGAAUGGAAACCCUUUGGGCAAUGGACUCGGUCGAGCUAGGCAAACUCGACCGAUUGGUCUAGGAGAUGCUCCAAACCGCCAUCAACAGAGACAAGGGAUUGUUCCACCACCAGUGCAGAACCACAACUUUGAGAUCAAGCUGGGAAUGAUCAACCUUGUUCAGAACAAGAUGUUCCAUGGAUUGCCAAGUGAAGACCCCAUUGACCACCUUGAUGAGUUUGAUAGGCUUUGUGAUUUGACAAAGAUCAAUGGUGUCUCUGAAGAUGCCAUCAAGCUGAGACUCUUUCCUAUGUCUCUUGCUGACAAAGCUCACCAAUGGGAGAAGAGCUUGCCCCAUGGCACAAUCACCACUUGGGAUGAAUGCAAGAAGGCCUUUCUUGCUAAGUUUUUCUCCACCGGUCGCACAGCCAAGCUAAGGAGUGAGAUAUCAGCUUCAUCAGAGGAACAAUGA